AUGUUCUCCAAAGCUCCCGCCGCCUUCGCCGCUCUGGCCCUGCCCUUUCGUAGCGACGGCACUCAGCAUCCCUGCCCAAUUGCAGCUCGCCGACACAUCCUCACCAAGAACGAGGACUUUGUCUUCGAUUUCAACACGGCUCCUUUCCCCAUGGCCAACCGCAAGACCUUUCCCGCCCUCGUGGGAACCGACAUCGCUCUCGCCAUCACAGCAAUCGAAGGCUGCAGCAUGGCCUCCCUGCACAUCCACCCGCGCUCCGCCGAGAUCUUCGUCGUGCUCUCCGGGCGCGUGAUCACGCAAAUGAUCCCUGAGGGCGGCGCGACCGACCCGGCCGACCCCAGCAAGCCGCGGCUAAUCCGCACGGAGCUGACGGCCAACCAGACGACCAUCUUCCCGCAGGGGUCGUUCCACGCGCAGAUGAAUCCCGGAGUGCACGCCGGCGCUGGCCGUGGCGGCCUUCGCGUCCGACGAUCCGGGCGCCGCCGCUGGUGGUACCCCAGGCGUUUCAGCAGUCGGAUGGAGUUUGUGGGUCCAAUUUCGUUUGGGGGCGCGUUGUCGGCGGAGGACCUGGCGAGGUUUCGGGCGGCGGUGCCGCAGGGGCCGUUUUUUGAUGUCGAGGCGUGUCGGAAGAGGUGUGGUUUGUGA